CCUAUCUUCUUUACCUUCUACAGACGCUGUGACUGAUGAGAGUUAAAGGCCAUGGAUGAAGAUGGGCUUGAAUUGCAGCCACAUGAGCCAAAUGCAUUUUUUGAUCCAACAGGAGCUGAUGCCGGACAUAUGGAUGGAGAUCAGAUUGUUGUGGAAGUACAGGAAACAGUAUUUGUUUCAGAUGUAGUCGACUCAGACAUAACCGUGCAUAAUUUUGUUCCUGAUGAUCCAGAUUCUGUAGUAAUCCAAGAUGUCAUUGAGGAUGUUGUUAUCGAGGAUGUUCAGUGCCCAGAUAUUAUGGAGGAGCCAGACGUAUCUGAAACUGUCAUUAUUCCUGAACAAGUGCUGGACACAGACGUAGCUGAAGAGGUUUCUUUGGCUCAUUGCACUGUCCCAGAUGAUGUUUUAGCUUCUGACAUAACAGCAGAAGCAAUGUCUAUACCAGAACAUGUACUGACAAGUGAGUCAAUGCAUGUACCUGAAGUUGGACAUGUAGAACAUGUAGUUCAUGAUAAUGUUGAAGAAGCAGAUAUUGUCACUGAUACUCUGGGAACAGAUGUUGUUUCUGAAGAAGUCUUGGUGGCAGACUGUGCAUCAGAGGCAGUGAUCGAUGCCAAUGGAAUCCCUGUGGAACAUCAAGACGAGAAGGGCAACUGUGAAGAUUACCUUAUGAUUUCCUUGGAUGAUGCUGGUAAAAUAGAACACGAAGGUUCUGCUGAAAUUACCAUGGAAGCAGAGUCAGAAAGUGGCUCUUGUAAAGUGGAUGGCAUUUGUCCAGAAGUCAUCAAGGUCUAUAUAUUCAAAGCAGAUCCGGGAGAAGAUGAUUUAGGGGGCACAGUAGACAUUGUGGAGAGCGAGCCAGAGAAUGACCACGCAGUUGGAUUACUUGAUCAAAAUAGCAGUAUUCGUAUUCCAAGGGAGAAAAUGGUUUACAUGACUGUAAAUGAUUCUCAGCAUGAAGAUGAAGACUUAAAUGUUGCAGAAAUAGCUGAUGAGGUUUAUAUGGAAGUGAUUGUAGGAGAGGAGGAUGCAGCUGUGGCCCAUGAACAGCAAAUUGAUGACACUGAAAUUAAAACUUUCAUGCCCAUAGCUUGGGCAGCAGCUUAUGGUAAUAAUAACGAUGGCAUUGAAAGUCGGAAUGGCACUGCAAGUGCUCUUUUGCACAUAGAUGAGUCAGCUGGACUUGGGAGACUGGCUAAGCAAAAACCAAAGAAAAAAAGGAGACCCGAGUCUAGGCAGUAUCAAACAGCAAUAAUCAUUGGCCCUGAUGGUCAUCCGUUGACAGUCUACCCCUGCAUGAUUUGCGGAAAGAAAUUUAAAUCUAGAGGUUUCUUGAAAAGGCACAUGAAAAACCACCCAGAGCACCUUCUUACUAAGAAGAAAUACAGAUGCACAGACUGUGAUUACACUACGAAUAAAAAAAUAAGUUUACAUAACCACUUGGAGAGUCAUAAGCUGACCAACAAAACAGAAAAGCUUAUUGAGUGCGAUGAGUGUGGGAAAAGCUUCUCUCAUGCGGGAACUUUAUUUACUCACAAGAUGGUGCACAGGGACAAAGGAGUUAAUAAAAUGCACAAGUGCAAAUUCUGCGAUUACGAGACAGCAGAACAAGGAUUACUGAGUCAUCACCUUUUAGCUGUCCACAGCAAGAACUUUCCUCAUAUUUGCGUGGAGUGUGGCAAAGGAUUUCGCCAUCCGUCAGAGCUCAAGAAGCACAUGCGAAUCCACACUGGUGAAAAACCGUACCAGUGCCAAUAUUGCGAAUACCGAUCUGCCGACUCUUCUAACUUGAAAACUCACGUAAAGACUAAACACAGUAAGGAAACGCCAUUCAAGUGCGAUAUUUGUUUCCAGACUUUUUCAGAUACCAAAGAGCUACAGCAGCAUACGCUUAUGCAUCAAGAAAGUAAAACACAUCAGUGUUUGCAUUGUGACCACAAGAGCUCAAACUCGAGUGAUCUGAAACGACACAUAAUUUCAGUCCACACAAAAGACUACCCCCAUAAGUGUGAUAUGUGCGAUAAAGGCUUCCACAGGCCUUCGGAACUGAAAAAACACGUGGCGGCUCACAAGGGUAAAAAAUUGCACCAGUGCAGACAUUGUGACUUUAAGAUUGCAGAUCCGUUCAUUCUGAGUCGCCACAUACUCUCAGUUCACACAAAGGAUCUUCCGUUCAGGUGCAAGAGAUGUAGGAAGGGCUUUAGGCAACAGAACGAGCUGAAAAAACACAUGAAAACACACAGUGGCAGGAAGGUUUAUCAGUGUGAGUACUGUGAGUAUAGCACUACAGACGCCUCAGGCUUCAAACGGCAUGUUAUUUCCAUUCAUACAAAAGACUACCCUCACCGUUGUGAGUAUUGCAAGAAAGGUUUCCGAAGGCCUUCAGAGAAGAACCAGCACAUUAUGCGGCAUCAUAAAGAUGUUGGGCUGCCUUAGAGUCUCUUUCACAGACUUACGGCUGGAAUUGUAAAGGAAUUUUGCCUUUCGGGCAGUUAGCUUAUUUUAAAGCCAAUCACCUGCGAUCACACACAAAAAAAAACCAACAAAAAAACCAUACUGUGCAUUUGAUUUGUUGCUGUAUAAAAAUAGGAUUAUUGCUUCUAGUUGACUUUUAUACCUUUUGUUCAAUAGCGUGUUCUGAAUUCUAUUCAGUUUGUUUAAUAAAUGAAGAAAAGAUGGCAACAAUAAAGUUGCAUUUAAUAAAGUAAACCCUGUCUCUUACUGAAUUUUUCAACCGUAAUAGUUUAUUUAAGUAUAUUUAUCUUACUGACCUCGUUGAUACUCACAGUGUCCAUGUUAAUGCAGUUUUGUCGUGAAUUUUAAAAAAUAUGAAAUUUCUCUUGAUAAAAUUGUCAGAGGUGUGUAUAAAAUGGGGAAUUGUGAUGCUGAAGGUGAAGUCACCAGGGCCCACCUGAUUGUCUUGUUUUGACUAUAUAGACUUUGUGGCAGGUGAACUAUUUUCCAUUUGAGGUGUUACACAGCUAACUUUAUUGCGGAAAACUAUUCUGCGUUUUAAUUCAGGUUUCAGAGAUAAAACAUUUUAAAAGUGGUUUGGGGCAUUUGUUACCUUUCUCUGGCGGAUUUAAAAGUAUGCUGAAAUAUUACGUUUAUUGUUCUGUGCUUCUUUGUCUUUGAAAGGUUUUGCCUGUUACAGGAUGAGCUGGGUUUUUUCAAUUUACUGCUGUCUUAAUGUUGGAGACAUAAAACACUGCUGUUCCGUUUGCAGAGUUAAUAGAUCACAACUGUCUGUACGUGCCGGUCAACAUACCUCAGACUUAAUGCUUUUAUGUAUAUUAGUGUUUCUUUGAAAGAGCAGUUUGUGGUUCAAGUCACAUUGUUACUGUGAGUUGGUUUAGAAUAAAAUUUAAGACCGAGAGGUGCCUCGAUUUUGGAAGGGAGAUAUUUACAGUGAGAGCUUCAGAGGGGGAUGGAGCGGAGCAGACGUGUUCAUAAGGAGUAGAGAUGUUUUGAUGCAGAGAACCUCAGUAAGAAAAGUAACCUACGAUAGUAACAGGACUGUUUCUAAAUUGAAUGUUUUUCUUAAGCCAUCGGCAGCUGUGUUAGCUGCUGUUUAUUAAUUAGUACAGUAUCCAGAAUUAACCCAGUUCUUUUAAUCUGUUUAUAAACAGCUGGGAGAACAUGACAAUGAUUAUAUGCAAUUUUGCCACCUGAAGACUAUUACAAGGUAGCGCCGUAUCAUUUGCUAACUGCAGCGUAAAUGUACCAAGCGCGAAGUCACGUAUGUACCUUAACAGCAACUGUGGAGCAAAAAACCCAAACCGCUUAAUUACAUGCCAGGUUUUAGGACCCGCUCCCAUUGCUCAGAUUCCUGCCGAAGCCACUGGCUGACAAUGGGCUGCAGGAUUCGGACCCGGCUGCCUGCCAGCCUGGGAUAGAUUUGUAACCAACAAUUUGCUAAUGGAAAAGGUUCGGAGCCUGGCCCGGUGUGGCCUCUUGUUUCUAGGCAGGCCAGCGUCCUAUUGAAAUUGAACAGGAAUUCUAGGGAUGAUGUCAGGUUUGGGGUGAUACAGGGACAAAGGUUUCCUUCCAGAGGCGCAUCUUCUGAGCCUUCUGCAUUUUGUUGUGUUACCCAGCCCUGCUCCUACUGCUCAGCCCUUCUGUUCCACUGUAAGCCAAAAUGCUCCUCAUGUUUAAUUUGCAGUUCAGGAGAGUCAAAUGCCAUGUCACUACCUUCCUUGCGUAAUGUUUGGGUUGUUUGGUUUUUUUUAUUUUAUUUUGAUGCCCGCUUGACAGCGCCCCCAGGCUUGUCCAGUGUGCUCUUGUGUAAUCGUGCUGCUGACGGGCCGUGAACCUGGCGUGCGUAAUACCUCGGUGUGCUGCACCGUGCCUUCGCUGAAAUCCCCGGGGAAGUCAGUGGAUUUCCUGCAUGGCCGUAGCUGUUUCUCUGUUGCCUACUGAUUGCCAAAUCAGACGCAGUAAAGCCCAGUAGAGAUUUUCCAUCCGCAUCUUGCAGAGUGCCCUCCUGCAACUUUUUCCCCCCCCCCCCC